GACCUAGUGCCUGCAUCUGCAUGCUGAUGACAGCAGAGCCAAAUCCGCGAAUUUAUGUUUUGCGAGGUCUUUUGAAAAGAAGUGAUACAUUUCGGUUUUGAUUAAUAUUGGAUGAACUGAUUAGCCUAAUACUGGUAUCAUGGGAAGCAAAGAAAAGGAAGCCAUUGUAAUUGUUCUAGAUGUGGGGCCAUCUAUGAACCAAGCUCCUCCUGGCAACUGUACGACCCUUGAGACGGCACGGGAUGUCAUCACCAUGAUUCUACAGAGGAAGGUGUUUGCCGAGUCUAAAGAUGAGAUUGCCCUGAUCCUGUUUGGCACUCCUGGAUCAGCCAACAAGAUGGACUAUGAUAACAUCACAGUGGAAAGGCCCUUCAGAUUGGCUGAUCUUGAUCUUAUCCAACACAUCAGGAGCAACAUCCAAGCAAGCACAGAGUCAGGAGACUUUGUUGAUGCUCUUAUCGUUGCAAUGGACCUCAUCCACGAUGCAACUUCCGAGAAGGCAUCAAAGUUCACAAAGAAUCGCAUCAUCCUCUUCUCUGAUCUGGGAGGAGAGUUUGCAGACGACAAGCUUCAGAAUGUGACACAUAGCCUCAAAGCCAUGAAGACGGAAGUUAACAUGAUAGGACUUCCAUUUGACAACACAGAUGGUGGUGGCAAUGGCGAUGAUGCCCGUGAUCAGCCGUCCACCAGCCGAGGUCGUGGGCCACCACGAAAGGUGAAGACCCCACAACAGAUGGCUGGAGAGAGGCUGGUUAUGAACAUUGUGGAAGAAGUGAACGGAUGCAUCUAUUCAUUCGAUGAGGUGAUCCCAGCAGUGACCAUGUUUGAGAAGAGGGCAGUCAGACCUACGCCAUGGAAGGUCAAUCUAGAGAUUGGAUCAGAACUCAAAAUACCAGUCUCAGGGUAUCUCAAGGUGAAAGAAGCCACAACCAAAAGCUGGAAGUCCACCUUCCAGAAAGGUCACAGAGAGUUCACCCCUCAAACCAUCCGCUCUAAGCAUCUCAACGAUGACGAAGAAACAGAGGUAGAAAAGGAGGACCAGGUGGAAGGUUAUCGCUAUGGUAAUGACAUCAUCCCAAUCUCAGAGGAGGACAAGAAAAACAUGGAUUACAAGAAACCUGGCAAAGUCAUGCAAGUCCUUGGCUUCACUAAAGAUAGCAAAAUAAAAAAGCACCAGCAAAUAGGCAACAGCGUGUACAUCUUCUACGCCCAACCAGACGACCAGGCAGCGGCGAUGUCUUUCUCGGCUCUCGUCAAUGCUCUUUACGAGACCAACUCGGUGGCCAUCGUUAGGAGAGCCUACUCGGGUAGUAGCGCUCCAAGGAUUGGUUUCUUGGCCCCACACAUCAAAGCUAAUUAUGAGGCUCUCUUCUACAUUGAGCUUCCCUUUGCUGAAGAUCUCAGAAUGUAUACCUUCAUGUCACUAGACAACAAUAAGAGAUGCCAGCCAUCAGAGGAACAACUUGCAGCAGUUGAUAGUCUCAUUGACAACAUGGAUCUGAUGACAGCAGAAGAAGAUGAAGAUGGAGAUACAGAGGCUCUGAAACCAAAGAACACCUUAAACCCUUACACUCAAAGACUAUGUCAGUGCCUAAUGCAUCGUGCAUUGAACCCAGACGACCCCAUACCUGGCAUUGAAACAGCGAUAGCCACCUACCUACAACCCUGCAGGGCUGUAGCUGUCCAGUGCGAACCUGACGUAGAGGCGAUGCAGAAGCUCUUCAAGCUGGAGAAGGCCAAAGCCAAGGAAAAUGUCACAGGAGACAGCAUAUGGAAAGCCAGUGAUGGGGGUGAUGGGGAACCAGCGCGUAAGAAGGCAAAGGUCGAUGAUGAGGUCAACGGAGGGGAUCUCAGUAUGGCUGGAAUGGCAAUGGGGGUUGUCACAGAGGUUGGUACAGUUGAUCCAGUUGGAGACUUCAAGGCCAUUAUCUCACAGAAAGAUGAAGAUAGAUUCAAGGAAGCUGCUGGUCAGAUGGGAAGGAGAAUUCUACAGCUGAUCAAGGAAUCAUUUGGAUCCCAGCUCUACGGUAAAGCCUUGGACUGUCUCCGGGUCUACAGAGAGCAAGCAAUACAGCUGAGUGAACCAGAAACAUUCAAUGCUUAUCUGAGGAAACUGAAGGACGAACUGAAAGAACUCUUGAAAGUCGAUUUCUGGCAAGAUGUAACAAAAGAUGGUCUCACACUCAUCGAUGUUACAGAAGCAAGAGACAGCAAAGUAUCUAAAGAUGAAGCUGACAAGUUUAUCCAGGAGGAGGAAGUUCCAAUGGAAGACGAGCCAGCUGCAGCCAAUGAGGAAGAAGAUGCUGAUGAUUUGCUGGAUAUGUUGUAAAUUUCUGAACCCCGUGAUCACAUCGAAACCAGGUGAAGUUAACUCCUUCAUCGUCCAACAUGCUCAACUCAACUCUUCAACAGUUAGCCUUGUAAUGUAUGGUUGUUCCUUCAAACAGACAAUGAUCUCCAAUAGAUGAACAUUCUUCCCUUAAUUUAACUGAAAUUAUGUACAGAUAAAAUAAUUUUGGUCAUGUCUGUUGGUCAUUCUUCUCCAUCGAUUACCUCAAGCAGAAGCCUGUUGCAUAUUAAGACAUGCAUUGCAAAUAUUGCAAAUAUUUAAACAAAAUUAAUCAGAAUUAGGAUAUUUUCUACAUUUUUUAAUUUUUUUACUGUAGUAGUUGAAAUU